AUGGAGAUUACCGGAGGAUAUUAUUUUGACGAAGUAUUUUCGUUAUUAAAUCUUAUUGGUGCGCUUUCUUCACUUUUUGCUAUUCCAGCAUCAGGUACAGUCAAAUUACAUAUAUCUGCAUGAUUUACUUGAGUUUCGUGAUAAAAUCGAGUAUAAAUUCGAUGUUUCAAUUGGAAAUUCAAUUGACGGAUAGAUUGGGGGACAAACUAAUUUUAUGGCUGGGUGUGGAGGUCAAACACCAUGCUACUCGGAUGCUAGACUGCUGGUCAAUCGAGAUUUAUAUACAGAAAUAUCGAGUAUCACACACACAAUACUAAGAAACGUAGUGAAUUUUGAACGAAAUACUAGCGUUAUAGUGUAAACGCAGCCUGAAAAACCAUGUAGGCAAUUAAUAUUUUAGCCACAAUCAGUUUUACACAACAGGUCACCACGCUUUACCAAUUAACCUGCAUGUCGGUUUUUAAUGUGUUUUCCAAUUAAUUUGUAUAUAAUUUACUUAAUAUUAUAUUGUUUAUUUUAGGUUGGAUUUUUGAUCAAACUAAUAACUUUCGUUACGUAUUUUACACCGCGUUUGGGAUGUCUCUAUUAGCAGCACUUAUGCUGACUAUCAGCUCACAUGUAAGGGUUGACAAAGAACUUUCAUUCACGUAGUAAUGAAGAAAACAACGAAACAACGGCUUAAAUUGAGCUGCCCUAUUUCAGUGUUCUCCAUUAUGUGUAAUAAAUAGACUGUAUUGCAGAUACCAUCAGUGGCGGCGGAACGAGUUUUAUUUUCUAGGGGGGAGGGGGGGGGACUAAUUUUCACCUAAGCUGGGUACUGUCGAUCACAGCUACUCAUGCAACACGGCAAGCAGGCAAAACAAGAUCCAACUGUAACAGCAGUAGCGUAAAAGAUAUUUAAAAGGAAAAAAGGGAAAAUUGGGCCUUUUCUUGAAAUGCCAUUUCCUGGGCUUUUUGGCACCGUAUAGAAGAAUCUAGACUAGAAUUGCUCCAUAAUUGGUUUUGGUCCGUUUGUAUGACUUGGUCAGUGGCGGGGCCAGGCUUCCAAAUUUGGGGGGGCAUUUGAGGGGCAAACUCAAAUUUUGGGGGGCAAGAUAGAAUUUUUAAAAAGGUCGCCCCCCAGGAAAUUCGCCCCCCCCCCCUCAAAACGUGGCGAUAUUCCUAGGAAUAUCGCCCCCGGGGGCGAAUAUCCUAGGAAUAUCGCCUCCCAGGGGGGUGGGGAGAAUUCCCUAGGAAUAUCGCCCCUCUUUAAGACAUUCGCCCCCCAUAUAUGCGAUGUGGUUUAUUCAAAUAAUUUCGUGAUACUUUCAUCUUAUUAUUGCCUUAGACGUUUGAGAAUUUAACUCUGCAAAACUAAAGCUUUUUUAUCUUUUUUUGAAACGUAUUAUUAGUAUUGGCAAGUUUUACCAUUCAGAGAUUUACAAACUAAUAUUGAAACUGUAAAAAACAGUUUCAUGUAUACGCGCAUUCACUAAUGAGUAAUGACAACUUAUAAGCCAUACAUUUUCCGAACGACAGAACGCUUGUGUAGCCUUUAGUCGCUCUUAGUAACUAAUAAUUUUUUUGAGGGGGGGGGCAAAAUGGGGGGGGGGCAAAAACUAAUUGGGGGGGCAUUUGCCCCCCUUGCCCCCCCCCCUGGCGCCGCCACUGGACUUGGUUGGGGCUAAAAUCACCGGCAAAUUAGCAUAGUUGAACUACCUGCCGAUGAAAAAAAGCUCACGCUUUUUAACCAAGACGUAUACCCCUGUGAAAACUGUAACGGGUGCUGAAACGCCUAAAUUCACUUACAGUCAAAACGGAAAUACCUGCACACUUUCGCUGUGUAGUUGACUGUAUUUCUCUAGUUGCUGAAAAAAAUUUUGUUCAAGAUAUAACUAGUGGCUAUAAUUAAGAUAUGACUAGUGCCUGCUAUGGAAUUUAUUGAUUAGCCAACGCAUAUUCCAUCCAAAAUAAUGCUAACAAACAAACAAACAUAAGUCAAGAAUAAGCGGCUUCUUCUGGGCCCUGAAUGAAAGAUUUUCUUUCCGAAGAAAAUUUCCCUGAAUGAAAACCAGUAAUAACCUCACAUUUACAAUAGAUUCAUGCAGUGAAACAUUUUUUACAGACGAAACACGUUCAAAUGAAUUGAAGAUGAGGAAAAACUACUCUUAAGGAUAUCUUGGAAAAAUUAAGACCUCUUCCUGGUGCACCAACGCGACUGACAGUGAACCGAUCAUCCAUUCUUACAGACAGCAUCUCGAUUUUUAAGUAAAAAUUUGAUUUCACUAAGCCUCUUAAAAUCACCUUUGAAGGGGAACCUGCCAUUGAUGGAGGGGGGCCGAAAAGAGAAUUUUUACUAUUCUCUUAAGGGAGCUUUUGUCAUCAUCCGCUUCCAUUCGUUUAUUCGAAGGAAGAGAUAAUAUAUUCUUACCCAUGCAUAACACAGAUGCCCUUCGUUCAAAUUUGUAUAAAGUUGCUGGGCGCAUGGUUGCAUCAUCAAUCAUACAAGGUGGACCGGGAUUUCCAAAUUUUCCAAUAAUUCCAUUAGCUUGGAGAAUCGGUUUCAAGCCGUGACAUCUCUGGUUCUUCAUGCAGUGAUUCUUUCCAGAAAAGCUGAGGUAGACCAGUUUAUGGAAGGUCUGGGUCCGCUUUUGCAGAGAAUUAAAAAUCACCCAGAAAAGUUUGAACCACUUUUUGUCGCUGGGGCUUGUAAACCACCUUUAUCUGAAGACCUUUUCUCAAUUGUUGACUAUGAUGAUGUUGACGAAAGAAUGAAAGAGUAUUUUACUCGUUAUGUUCGUGAAGCAAGUAACCCGUGCAAUUUAGAUUUUAAAAAUUAUUUCAGUAGUGUUGGUGUGUGA